AUGGAUCCUUUUGAUAUCGAAGACUACAAACAAAAACGUGAUAUUGAAGACACUUAUAUCGUCAACCGAUUUAUUCAGCGUCGAAAAAAAUUAGAGGAAGGUAGUGGAUCUCGUAGUAGAAAAUAUUUAAAUAGAGAUCAUGCAGCGACAAACCAAAGACUCAUUGACGACUACUUUGCCAACGAGCCUACAUAUGACGAUCCAAUGUUUCGUCGUCGGUACCGGAUGCAAAAGCAUGUUUACCUUCGAAUCGUUGGAGACCUUUCAAUUACUGAUAACUACUUCACCCAGCGAGUUGAUGCCGCCAACAAAGAAGGUAUAUCACCGUUAGCAAAAUGUACCACAACAAUGCGAAUGUUAGCAUAUGGUGUGGCAGCAGAUGCGGUCGAUGAAUACAUCAAAAUAGGAGGUACUACAUCAUUGGAGUGCUUACGUAGAUUUUGUAAAGGAAUCAUACGAUUGUAUGAGCAAGUGUACCUGAGAGCACCAAAUCAAGAUGACCUUCAAAGAAUACUACAUGUUAGUGAAAUGCGGGGGUUCCCAGGGAUGAUCGGGAGUAUUGACUGCAUGCACUGGGAGUGGAAAAAUUGUCCUAAAGCAUGGGAAGGAACGUUGAACGAUAUCAAUGUUCUAGACCGGUCACCGGUGUUUGAUGAUGUGGAACAGGGAAAGGCUCCACGGGUGAAUUUCUUUGUGAAUCAACAUCCCUAUAAUAUGGCAUACUAUCUAGCUGAUGGUAUCUACCCUUCUUAUCCAACUUUCGUCAAAUCAAUUAGACUUCCUCAAAGUGAACCCGAUAAGUUAUUUGCAAAACAUCAGGAGGCAUGUCGGAAGGACAUCAAACGUGCUUUUGGAGUGCUUUAA